CAAGCAGACAACCGUUCUCUAGUUGCUCCCGUCUGUUCAAUCUUUUCUUUUCUUUGUUUUUCGGUUUGAUCUAUUGUCUUAUUUAGAUCUCUCUCCUUUAUAAUCAUUAUUUUUUAGACACUUGCAUACCUUCAAAAUGUCUGGAGUUCAGCCUGUCGCAGUCUACGCCCUGAGGGUUCCUCCCGGAGGAUUGGUUCCAGCUCUUCCUCUCCAGGCCGCUGCUAUGUUCCGUGUGAGCAUGGCUGCCAUUGACCCCGACGAGGUUCCCGAGCUUGAUGAUGAUUCCAAAUCCCCCAGAGCUACUCUUAAGCUUGUUCGUCCUCCCCCGGGUAUGGACCUUGACGACGAGUCGGACGAUGACUACGAGGACGAGGAGGAUGAUGAUGAUGAUGACGAGGAUGAUGAGGAGCUCAACGGCGGCCCCAGCGACAAGGAAAAGGCUCGCAAGCUUAAGGAGCUUGCCGCCCUGAAGGAGAUGGAAGUGGACGAAGAGGAUGACGAAGAGGACGACGAGGGAGACUUCGACCUGAAGGCUGCCAUUUCGAAACUCAUCAAGGGCAAGAACCCUGCCACUGAGGAUGACGAGGAUGAUGAAUCAGAGGACGGUGUGGAUCUUGAUGAAAUGGUCAUCUGUACCCUUGACCCCCAGAGAAACUUCCAGCAGCCUCUCGACCUUACUGUCUCUGAGGAUGAGCGCGUUUUCUUCAAGGUCACUGGUACCCACACUAUCUACCUGACCGGAAACUACGUCAUGCCUGACGAUGAGGGUCGUCAGCCUUUUGACGAGGAUGAAGAGGAUGAGGAUGAGGAUGACUAUGACCUGUCCCCCGACGAGGAUGAGCUGGACAUCGAUGCUCUCAUGGAUGAGGAUGACGAGAGCGACGAUCUCGAUGACUUGGAAAAUCCCAGAAUCACCGAGGUCGACAGCGAGGAGGAGGCCCCCAAGCUCAUUGAGAAGUCCAAGGGAAAGAACAAGCGCGCUGCUGAGUCGGACGAAGACGCCGGUCUCGAUGACCUCAUGGCUAAGGAAAAGGCUGCUCCCGAGGCAGGCCUGAGCAAGAAGCAGCAGAAGAAGAUGAAGAAGAACAAUGGCGAGGCUGUUGCUGCUGAGCAGAAGAAGGAAGAAAAGGACGGCAAGGAGGCCAAGGAGGGCAAGAAGGUUCAGUUCGCGAAGAACCUUGAGCAGGGCCCUACCCCCUCUGCCCAGGACAAGAAGCCUGCCGAGAAGACCACUGGCACCCUUGGUGUCAAGGAGGUCAAGGGCGUCAAGCUUGACGACAAGAAGCUUGGAUCUGGCCCUGCUGCCAAGAGUGGCAACACUGUUGCCAUGAGAUACAUUGGAAAGCUCGAGGAUGGCAAGGUCUUUGAUUCCAACAAGAAGGGCAAGCCUUUCAGCUUCAAGCUCGGCAAGGGUGAAGUUAUCAAGGGCUGGGACAUUGGUGUCGCUGGCAUGGCUGUUGGUGGUGAGCGUCGCAUGACCAUCCCCGCCAAUCUCGCAUACGGCCGCAAGGCUCUCCCUGGUAUCCCCGCCAACUCCAAGCUCAUCUUCGACGUCAAGCUCCUCGAGAUCAAAUAGAGCAAUCUCUGUUUCUGUGUACAGCGUAGCACCCUGAUGCUCAAAGUUCAAUGUCUUGUCUUUUUGCAACACUGCUGAAACCAAUCAUGUGUGUAUUUUGAUUCGCUUUUCUUUUUUCCAAAAAAUGGUGUUUUAAGGGGGUUUCAAUUGCAUCGUUUCCUCUGGUUUUCAACUUGUUUCCUUUUGCACAGUUUUCCGAUACAUCUAGCAAGAAUCAGGAUAUCGCAAGGCCCUGGUAUCCAGUCUUUUGGGUCUGAUUAUUGUUAUCAAAAGUAUUGGGUCUCGAGUCCUGUUAUCUAAUACGGUUUCCACGCGACUUCAUGUCUGACCUAAAAAGUUUCAUUUAAAAAUAACUACAAUUUAAGAUGCGUAAGAAACUGAAUGCAUAGAAGAUUUCCAUAUCAAUAUAGGUACCUUGGUAUGAUUGGUGAUAUAAGCUUCCAUAUGCUCC